AUGUCCUUAUCAAAGACCCCACCACAGACAGUGACCGAACUCCUUACCCGAGCUGAAAAAUACAUUAAUAUGGAGGAAAUGUUGAAUCCAAGGAGAUCUGGUCCUUUCCAUGAAAAGGCCGAGAACAAGAAGCAAUAUGAUCCUGUUUCCCAACCAGAGCAUCCUCGAGAAAAGCGCAAGAAUGAAGGGCCAUCAGGGCCUUUCACUCGGUUGAACACCUCCAAGGCAAAUAUCUUAAUGGAGAUCAAAGAUACGAAAGAGUUAAAGUGGCCUUCAAGAAUGAAGUCACCCCCUGACACAAGAGAUAGGAGCAAGUAUUGUGAAUUUCAUCGAGAUCAUGGGCAUAUCACAGAGGAUUAUCAAGCAUUGCAGUGGGAAAUUGAAACCCUCAUUAAAAGAGGGCUCUUAAAGAAUUAUAUUGGUUAUGAUAAACGCCCGAGGAAUGAUCGUGACAAUCGGAAAGAGCCUGGAGCCGGAAGCAGUGUUCAACCCAUUGUCGAGACCAUUAAUAUUGUCAUUGGAGGCAUAGCAUCUGGAGGAGAUACAAGUAGUGGGAUAAAACAAUAUGCCCGCCAACAUGCUCAUACCUCAAGGGAAUCCUGUGAUAAACUGGAAGACAUUACCUAUGGGACAAGAGAUUUGGAAGGAAUGAUUCUAAUUGAUAAUGGAAGUGCAGCAAACAUACUAUCACAGGAGGCUUUUGCUAAAACGAGGAUCUCUCCCAAACAGCUCAAAGCAGUAAAAGCUCCUCUACAGGGAUUUGGUGGUGGAGUAAUUAUCCCGUAG